CACAGCCAUUGCUGUAGGAAUUGUCGGGUUUGUAUAAAACAAAGAAGGUUGCCCAUAUUUACCCACAAAUACCGUUCGUACCAAACAUCUACAACUCUAAUCUACAGAUAUGGGGGUUGACAUUCAAAUUUCGCUUAAUAAAUCCCACUACACCAGUGAACCCAUCAAUGGGAAAGUGCUCAUCCACAACAGCUCCGAGUUAACCUUAGAUUAUGUCGAGGUGAAGCUCGAAGGGGUAGCACGCUCCAGCAUCAGAGUUCGCGGGAAGCGGAGACGCCGCCAGAGAAGAGCCUUGCAGUUGGAUAGAAUCCCUAACGAGGAACACAAAGUGUUGUACCAAACGGUCAUCGUUUUCCCCCCACCUGAGAUCCGCAAGGUUGCCUCCCCAAACACGCAGUUCACGUUGCCGCCUGGAAAACACAAUUUUGAGUUUCUGUUUCAAAUCCCGGUUGACAACUCCUCCGAGCAGCAGCAUACCAAGUAUCCAUCCUCGGACGGACAUUUAAAGUGCCCGUUGCCUCCGACCAUGGAUACCGUCAAAUUAGACCGCAGUAGACAUCAGCGGGGUGAAGCUGAGGUCAAAUACUACGCCAAAGUCGUUGCUAAGCGGAAAGAUCUUAUGAAGCUCAGCUCGCGCAAAAAGUUUGGCUUCACCUUUUUCCCGGUAGACGUGGCGAGAGACCCUCAUCUCACACAGCUGGUGGUUUCCCAAAAUCACAUUUUCCACGAAAAAUUCCCUGUUUACGUCCCCACCCAUGGCUCUGACCAAGAUAUCAAACAGGAAGAGACGUACGAGUUAUUGGGGGCCCCGAAAACAUCCAUCUCUGACUCAUUCUCUUCAAAGAAACGCAGUUCUCGUAAAGAGACCGCACAGCAGUAUGCUGCACAUGCCCGGGACAUUCCGAUCCAGUUACAGGUUCGUUUCCGCGAGUUACCUGGAGUCCGUGCUGGCACUGCCAACAACUUCAGCCUUUACCUUAUUACCAAAUUACCUCCCCAAGCGUUCCAGCUUGGAAAUGGAAAUUCUUCGGGGUUGGGCCAGUUUUAUUUGAACAAAAUAGACAUUGUGUUGGCGGGGUUGACAGCGAUAAAGACAGGCGCGUUGCGGCAUGAGGGGUGUACCAAUUGGUCGCUUGGGGCUUACGAGGGGCUUCACCGUAUUGAUUUGGCCAAUGCCCAGCCAUCAUUGUUGGACCCAUCCAUGUUUGAGAUUGAGAUUCCUAAAGCGUUGUUUGGCACGCCGAAAAGGGCGUUUGCCGGGUUGGUUCCGAGCUUCCAAGUUUGCAACAUCGAGCGGUCCUACACAAUUAACGUUGUUGCCAACUUUAAGUACACUGCUGACGAGAAAGGGAAGUUAUUGGGACUUUUGAGUCGGAAUAAGGUGGAACUAAACGCAGGGGUGCAGGUUUGGAGCGGUAUCAACGCGGGAGAGGAAGCUUCCGAUCAAGGAUUAGACCUCUUGAGUCCGGAGUACGUACAGGUUGGUAUCCCGUCAGGUUUCCCUGACGAAAAAAACAUGGAGGUUGACAGCGAUGACUCUCCAGAUCACGACUGGGAUGACGAGGCAAAUUAUAGCACCCAGUACCCCAGAAACGUUCCUGGUGAUGAGGAUAGCUCGUUAUCAGACAUGGAUCCGGUGUAUGGAACCGCAGAAUCGGCUGUACGCGGGCAACUGCCACCACCGAAUUAUGCCUUUUCAGGAGGCAGAACUGUCUAAAACCAGGUGCUUCACGAUUUAAUAGAAUUUAAGUUUUUUUUUUCUCUUUCUUUUUUCACGUUUUUCUUUCUCACCUAAUGUAUAAUGUUAUUUCCAUUAUUUACUGUUUCCACCAUUUAAUCAAUAACUGUUAGGCU